AUGUACUGGACCCUAAUUACGACAGAUAAUAGUAUUUAUACAUAUGAAUACUUCUUACAAGGUGACGUUUGUCGAUUAUGCUGGAAUAAAAAUAUCAUUGAGGAAAAUGAAGAAAGCUUUGAAAAGCCAGCAGAAGUAUCAUUCGCCGAAAUAAUUAAAGAAUGUCUUGAUAUAGAAGUGGAAAGUAUAAGUCCUAAUAGAUUAUGUAAGAACUGUCGUAACGAAGUGAAAAGAUUUUAUUCAUUCAAAAAUUUUUGUAGAGAAACUAAUAGAAAGUUACAAGAAAUACUCUGUAAAGGUUCAAGUGAAGUGAAAAGAGGGGAUUUAGAGUUAAGCGCAGUUAAGGAUGAAGUUGUUGAUGUAAAUUUUGAUAAAAUAGAUGAAUUUCCAGAUAAUGAUGUAGAAUUUCAAGACGCUAGUUUGAACAAAAUAGCAAAACCUAAUUCUAAGUUAAGGAAAAAGUAUAUAUAUAAACGUUCUCCUACGUAUUGUAAUAUUUGUUGCUUGGACUUACACAGUAAAGAGGAAUUAUCAUCACACAACAUUGAAUUCCAUGGCAUAGAGAAUGAGGGUACACUUUUUAAAUGUUUUGGCUGUGAAAAAAGGUUCAAAAGUAAAAAGACACGCAUCAGUCACGAAGUUAACUUCUGUAAAGGAUUAAAAGAUGGAUAUAAAUGUAACAUUUGCAACAGAUAUUUGCCUAAACGGUGUAUGUACGAGUUUCAUAUGAGAGACCAUAGACAUAACACAUUGACAGAGUUGCCAGAGCAUAUAUUUAAAUGCUGCAAAUGUUUAAAAUUAUUUAAGACUAAUGAACUAUUGAAAAUACAUAUGCUAGAACAUGGGAAAGAGAAAAACUUUGUGUGUGAUACAUGUGGUCGUAUAUUCACCAGGCAAGACUAUUUGCAUAAGCAUAAAUUGACUCACACGGGAACCAAACGCCACCAGUGUCCGCACUGCGACUUUAGAGCCACGCAAAGAUCUUCACUCACUGUACACAUCAGGACUCAUACUGGUGAACGGCCAUACAGUUGUGACGUGUGCCCUCAGCGAUGUAUAUCCAGUUCAAACCUUCGCGCUCACAAGCGAAGGCAUCUUGGCGUCAAAAAGUAUGAGUGCUCUAUAUGCAACAAAAAGUUCGGGUACAAAAUCAGUUUAGAGGAACAUAUCUCCUCCGCACACGUCCGCUCCGAGACUCACCCAUGCGAGCACUGUGGCGCCACCUACACUAGACUCAGAGGAUUACGGCGCCAUCUCGCUGCAAAACACGGGAAACAACCCAAAAGCAAAACUGUCGAACAAAAUAUUCUUGUGCAAGUCACAGAUGAAGAUGCAAACCAACGAACAUGCAACCAAAUAGACACCUACUGUUUCAUAUUGGCAGCGAGCUGA